AUGGUUUCAUUAGGAUGGGCGGGGCUUAAUUAUCAUAGCGGGUCUAAGGUAUACCGCUCCUUUGCUACUGACAGCUACAUCGGCAGCACUUUCUUAGCCGGUCAUUUUAGAGUGAUGCAUCGAUCGUGGCUGAUUCUGGCAACGUUUUUCUUUUCACUACUGGUUGUCACCGCUUUUGACGGUACAGUCAUCAAUUUUGGCGAAGCGCUCAGCAACUUGCAACGAAGCUAUCCAAAGCAUCACUUCCCCGUCGUGCGCGCUCAACGAUUUUACUAUCCUAUUGCGGAGGUGAACCGGUAUUGA